CUGUGGAUUUGGACAUCCGCAUUUCUAACCCAAGAUCUCGAAAUGCAUCGUGAUUCCUGUCCAUUGGACUGUAAAGUUUAUGUAGGUAAUCUUGGAAACAAUGGUAACAAGACUGAAUUGGAACGAGCUUUUGGCUAUUAUGGACCACUCCGAAGUGUGUGGGUUGCUAGAAACCCUCCCGGCUUUGCUUUUGUUGAAUUUGAAGAUCCCCGAGAUGCAGCUGAUGCUGUUCGAGAGCUAGAUGGGAGAACACUGUGUGGCUGCCGAGUAAGAGUGGAACUAUCGAAUGGUGAAAAGAGAAGUCGUAAUCGUGGCCCACCUCCUUCUUGGGGUCGUCGCCCUCGAGAUGAUUAUCGGAGGAGGAGUCCUCCACCUCGACGCAGAUCUCCAAGACGGAGAAGCUUCUCCCGCAGCCGGAGCAGGUCCCUUUCUAGAGAUAGGAGAAGAGAGAGAUCACUGUCCCGGGAGAGAAAUCACAAGCCGUCCCAAUCUUUCUCUAGGUCUCGUAGCCGAUCUAGGUCAAAGGAAAGGAAAUAGAAGACAAGUUUGCAAGAGGAGUGGUGUACAGGAAAUAACUUCAUUUGACAGGAGUAUGUACAGAAAAUUCAAGUUUUGUUUGAGACUUCAUAAGCUUGGUGCAUUUUUAAAAUGUUUUAGCUGUUCACAUUUGUUUGUCUGUUGGAACAGUGACACAAAGGUGUAAUUCUCUAUGGUUUGAAAUGGAUCAUAUGGGGCAUGUAAUAUCAAGAAUUGUUACUUUACAAUGUUCCCUUAAGCAAAAUUUAAUUUGCUUUGAAUUUUAGUCUUGCAUAGGCUGAUAAUAAACCUCUUAACUCCUGCCCAGGUAAAGUCAAUGUUUAACAUUAUGGAAAUAAAAACUGGCAAAAAUUGGAAGAUUUUUUUUCAACAUAGCUGGGAUAUGGUAUGCAGCUGUAGUUAAGCAGUUUUUAAACUGCUGUGAACUCAAAAACCAGCUGGAAAAAUUAAAGCUUCACCCUUAAACUAGAUUAGAGGUUUAAAAAUCCCACUCGUCUUCACACUGGACAAAAGGUUGUCCAGUUGGUGUAGAAUCUAAGAAGUUUCAAGGAAGUUAGUUUACCUUUGCUUUAGGUUGUAAGUUCCUUCUGUGAUUGCUGUAUAUGAAUACAUAGCUCUUUGUAACGUUCUUUAUUUGGAAAUCUGAGAUACUCAAGAUAACAAAUGUCCUGCCAGUUUAAGGGUACAUUGUAGAGCUGAACUGAGUUACUGUGCAAGAUUCUUUUUUCAUGCUGUCAUUUGUAAUAUGUUUUGUGAGAAUCCUUGGGAUUAAAGUUUUGGUUACAAAUUGUUAAAAAAAAAAUAAAAAAUAAAAAAAUAAAAAAAAAA